AUGAGAGAGAGUAGCCAUAGACCUCUCAUAUUUGGAACCCCUUUCCUGUCUACUGUGGGUGCCAUAUUUGAUUUCCCCAAUCAAAGAAUCUCUUUCAACAAGGUGAACAAGGGUAUGUUCUUCCCUAUGUGUUCAACAAAGAACUCUUUUGUUGACAUGGUCCAAGAGGAGAAAGCUACUUUGAAGCCACCCCAAGAAGGAGAAACUGAAGAAACAAUCAAGGAAGAUCCCAUUCCUAAGCCCAAGCAGCUUGCCAAACAAGCAAGGAGGCCAAAGAGCGCAGGCACGAACAGUCGCGACUGUUCGGCGGCCGAGUCUAUAUAUACAAGGCCUUGGGGUCUGGAAUCCGCAUUCACGUUCACCCAAAGGGAAAGCCCGAUUGAAAUAGAAAUCGUGCGAAGAGAAGAGAAAGGCCGAGAGAGUGUUAACGGCGGUCGAGCGGUUACAACCGGCGGCCGAACAGAGAUGGCGGACUUGACUCCGUCUAAGAAGGGAGGAGGGAAGGAAUCAGGGAAGCAACUGCCCAAGACUCCCGAACCGCCACCUAAGGUAUGA